GAACACAAUCCUUAUUUGCACAUUCCCCAUUUUUUUGCAGGGCAUGUGGCUUUUAAACGAGAAAACAUGAUGGAGAUGUGUUUGAUUUCAGUAGGUUUAGCAAGUAUCCUUAUCAUACCGUUCGCACUCAAAACUUUGUUCCCUUAUGUUUGGAUGGAUAUUCUGUAUUUCGGGGAUCUACUGCGGAUUUUAGUGAAGUUUGUGUCGAGGCGAAGAAGGAGACCUUCCUUCUUUGUUUUGGAUCGUUUCUUGGAGCAGACCGCUGCGCAUCCAGACAAGCCGUUCAUUGUGUUUGAAAAUGAAAACUACUCGUACGCUGACUCAGAUCAAAUGAGCAACAAAACAGCCGACGCGCUUCAGUCUCACCCUGGGUAUAAGCCUGGGGACACCGUCGCACUUUUUAUGGGGAAUGAACCCGCCUUUCUGUUUACCUGGCUGGCCUUGGCUAAAUUAGGCUCUCCUGUGGCUCUUCUCAACCACAACAUCCGCACCAAGUCUCUGCUGCACUGCUUUAACUGCUGCGAGGCGAACGUGUUGAUCGCAGCCUCAGAGCUAAAGGAAGCAGUGGAGGACGUGCUGCCCUCACUGAUAGAGAAGGGCGUCACCAUCCUCCUGAUAACCAAACACUGUGACACACCUGGGAUUGAGAGCUUCUCUGAUAAAGUGGACAAGGCAUCAGACACCCCGCUCCCUCGAUCCCUCAGAUCACACAUCACAUACAAAAGUCCUGCAGUGUAUAUUUACACCUCUGGAACUACAGGUCUCCCAAAGGCAGCUGUGGUCAACCAGAACCGCCUCUUAACAGCUCUGGCUGCUUUAUCUUCAAACGGUGUGAUGUCUAGUGAUGUCCUCUACCUCAAUCUGCCUCUGUAUCACACCGCUGGAUUCUUUAUCGGCUUUAUCGGAUCCAUUGAGGCGGGGUCGACUAUCAUUUUGAAGAGGAAGUUCUCUGCCUCUCAGUUUUGGGAUGACUGCAGGAAAUACAAUGUGACUGUUGUGCAGUACAUAGGAGAAGUGAUGCGUUACCUCUGUAGUACACCGAAGAGAGAAAAUGACAAGGAUCAUAAAGUAAGGCUGGCCAUUGGCAACGGUGUCAGAGCAGAGAUAUGGAGAGAGUUUGUCAAUCGCUUUGGGGACAUUCAGAUCCGAGAGUUUUACGCUUCCACCGAGGGAAAUGUGGGAUUUGUCAACUACGCAGGAAAAAUUGGAGCUAUUGGACGAGUUAACUUUUUUCAUCAGAAGCUGUUUCCCUUCACUCUUAUUAAGUACGACACAGAGCGGGAUGAACCGAUUCGAGAUGCUAACGGCCUCUGUGUGGAGUCGCCCAAAGGUGAGACAGGACUGCUGGUGUCGAAGAUCACAGACAUCGCUCCUUUCGUCGGCUACGCCCAGAAUGAAGAACAAACAGAGAGGAAAAGACUUCGCAAUGUUCUCAAAAAAGGAGAUCUUUACUUCAACAGUGGAGACCUAAUGAGGAUCGAUAAAGACAACUUCAUUUACUUUCAGGAUCGUGUAGGUGACACAUUCAGGUGGAAAGGUGAGAAUGUGGCCACAAAUGAGGUGUCUGACAUCCUGACGAUCAGUGAUUGUCUCAAAGAAGCCAACGUUUAUGGAGUCCAAGUGCCAGGGCAUGAGGGGCGGAUAGGGAUGGCAGCUGUCACUGUGAAGGAAGGUGCCCAGUUUGAUGGAAGUAGAAUAUAUCACCAUGUGGUUAACUACCUGCCUUCAUAUGCCCGACCACGCUUUAUAAGAAUACAGAAUGCCGUAGAGGUGACGGGGACUUUCAAGCAGAUGAAGGUGAAGUUAGUGGAGGAGAGUUUUGAUCCAGGACGUAUCCAGGACCCUCUUUACAUCCUUGAUGAUAAAGAGAGGAGUUACGUUCCGCUGAGAUAUCAGAUCUACAGCUCCAUCAUAUCAGGAAACCUCAAACUAUAACCUCCUCUCUUCGAGUCCUCAGAGCGCAUUAAGGAAUUGGGACGUCCUUCAAGAUGGCGAGUCUCAAUCAAUUUCCGGGUCAAGUGAUCGAGGAGUCGAGGAGAGAUAUUGGGAUGAACCCUUAGUGUUCAACUGUGCAGGCUUUUUAGUCUGGCUGCAUUGAUACUUUUAAUAAUGAACUUCCAGCUCAGUGACCAAUCAAUUGUUAAUAUUAUAUAACAAUCAUAUUAUUGUGUGUAGUAAAAUAAUGGGGAGACAUAAACAUCGUUAUUAAAAGCAGUAGAUGGGAAUCGGAAGUGUAGGAUUCAUUUGUAAGGAUUUGUGUCAGGGGCCGGAGUCAGCCUGCAUGCAGGGGAGGGCGUUUGAUAAUAUAAAUGACAUAUUUACUGGCAAGUGAUAAUAUAAAUAGUUGAUCUACAAGCAUGAGGUUUGCUUUCCAGUAUGAGGACUGCUGCUUUUACUUCAUUCAGUCUAAUAAUGGUGUUGAGAAGCAUUGCUGUAUGUAUGGAUAAACAGAUAGUGUAGCUUAAUGAGAUGCUAUUGGACUUUCUCUUAAAGGUAGUAUGUACUUAACAUAAUCUUAACAUAAUGUCUUGCUUAUGGGAAAGACACGAGUAACAUGUAAUGGUUUAAAAGUAAAAAAAAAAAAA